AUGCCCCCGAAAAGAAAACGCUCCGCGAAUGAUGAAAAUGCCGAAGACGAGCCUAAUAAACGCUACGCCUAUCUGAAGCCGCAAGUCCGUCGCGUCCCCGAGAAGACGAUCAAAGCAAAAUGGACAACCCUCCCAGAGCCGGUCCAGGAGAAAGUCCGGGAAAUGUUUCAUGCGCUUGAACGCCCGGUGAUUAUGCGCCAACCGAACGAAAAGAAGAGAAUUGAGGCACAGAGCGCAGUUCAAGCAGUGGUGCGAAACUUAAGCAAACGGCUUCCGCGAAUGCCAUUUCCACCCAUCACGAAAGACUCGAAUUUUGACUAUGAAUCUGCACUUGAUGAACAUCGGACACUCGAAGCCAACUUAGCGACCAUCACGGAUAGCACAGAUCUCCUUAAAGCCGAAAUUGCAAAGGAGGAGGCACUUCUAGCAAGCGAGAGGAGAGAACUACAAGAUAUGGAUAAGAACGCCAAACGGGCUGAGGCUGAACGAAAGAGACAAAGCAAAAAUGUACGAAAGGCUCUUAUUGACCUGAGGUUAUCAUUGCUAACGUUUAUCUCCCCGAAGGAACACCCCGUUCUUCGACAGUUGGAUGCCCUUCCCCGGGACUCUAGCUCUGCGGAGUUUGCCUUGGUAAACACGAAGCCCAGCCAGGCCUCGUUAGACGAACUUGACACGGAUCCUGAUAUCCAACGACUAAUGAAACAAUUGCACGGUCACCUCCAAUCCAUGCAAACCAACACGGCUCCACUUUCGGGUCUGAGGGACGCAAUUACUCGGUCGCAGGCUGCACUUGAUCUCUUUAAUGGGUCUAAUGAUUGA